AUGGGUCGAAUGACAGACUUUCUGGGCGCUCCUGAAACUUUGACACGUCGAAGGACGAAUCAAAUAGUUAUUCAGGAUGAUGAACCCACCAUUAACCAAACUCGACCACUAAGGCCACCCCCUAAAACAAGACCCUUAGGGGUAGGAUUAGAUCAACAGACAGUUCAACAAGACAUCCCUGAGGAACAGCCAGAAAGGGUAGUAGUGGUUAACCGAAACCAAAAUGCUGACGAGGUGAUUCACAGGGUUAGGCAAAAUAAUCAGUUGGAAACAAAUCUAACUGCUAUGAUAGAGAGGAUUAUGACACAAAACGGUUUGAACACGAGAUUACGAAGGCCAAAUUAUACGUCUCCUCUAUCAGAUUAUGUUUUGCAAACUGAGUUGCCUAGGGGGCGCAAGGUCCCUAAGUUUACUAAAUUUUCAGGAGAUACUACUGAAUCUACCACAGAACACAUAGCCAGAUAUAUGACUGAUGCGAGAGAUUUGGCGAACAACGAAGAUCUGAGGAUGAAAUAUUUUCCCAGUUCUUUGACCAAAAAUGCCUUCACAUGGUUCACAACACUACCACCAAACUCCAUAGACACUUGGUCUCAGUUAGAAAGAUUGUUCCAUGAAUAG